AUGGAGGCUUGUCGUCCAAUUGAUGUUAUAAUCGGACUAAGUGUAACCGUAGGUCUUAUUGAACGUGCAGACAACCCCAGUGGCGACAGAGAACUAAGUGUCUACGUAAGCAAGAAAUCCAAAGGAGGGUCACCCAAGAAAGAUGAUUUGAGUUCGGCGGGCAAAUCUGCACAAAAACAUCACUCAAAACCCUCGAGACCAUCCAAGACUCACGCUAAAGAUUCCCGAAUUGGAAUGGAAACCAAAGGAAACGUAGGAAAGGCAUCAAAAGAAGUUACGCAACACCAAAAAUCUCGGAAUAUUUCUUCGGAGGAGGAAGAAGAUGAAACAAGCUUAUUAAAGAAAAUCUCUAUGAAGGAAACUGACGCGGAAAUAUUGAAUCCGCUUGUGAAGUCCGGUCCUUUUAACGAAAAAGAAAGAGGAACUGAACCAAGGAUUAAGUAUCCACCCACCAAGAAAGUAAAAUUUUCUCUCGCUACUGUUGAUGAUUCAUCUAGUAAGGAAACGGAUAACCAAUCAGCGGAACAUGAACCAAUUCUAACCUCACCGUGCCAGCAACAGACUGUCCUGUCUACCCAGCAACCGGCAAAAACAGUUCCCAAGCCAUUUGAACGUCUAAAACGUCUUCCUCCGAAAACUAUUGAACAUCCCGUCGAUAAGGUUGCAUUAAUUAACGACUUAAUCUACAGGAUAAUUAACUGGAAAUAUGACUGGAUUGAAGUAUCAAACAUGUUUAAGGAUGAGACGUUUCCAAUUAUGAAUGCAGUACAAGGAAAGGGUUAUAAAAGUCUUCCAGAGCUCUCGCUGAUACCAGUUGGUUCAGCGUAUUCCACUCUAGAAGAUUACUGUAGCACUUUCACCUCUCUUAUUCUCCACGAGGUAUGGGCUACUCUUUGUGAGAAUGUGGGGACAGGCGAAUCCCAAUCUUUAACUUCGUUGAUCCACCCGGACCCUACGUUUUGCAAUGGCUUCACUCUUCUUCUGUGUGAAGCUCUGUCGCCUACAAGAAUAACAAAUAUGGACCUCUUUUCCAUCACAUUCAAUACUUCACGCCAGAAACCCCCUAAGAAAAUUUUUGCUGUUGCCGAACACGUGAGAUACCGGAGCUGGGAGAUUGGUGAAAUUGAUCCACGCCUGUUAAAAACUUGUCAGGACCCUAACAUUCCCAUUACAUCGUUCGUUUUGCGGAUUUUAAUGUAUCAUGUCCCUCCAAACCUGGGCAGUAUUUUCACUGUCACUAGAAUAUCACGACUUAACACGGUCUUUAAACAAAUAAUUCAAAUCGCCGAGUUAGCUCGUUCCCCAUUAUGCGAAGUUAUCCUUCAUCCCAGCGAUUAUGAAGAUGCAUUCAAGUUGGACGCAGUGCUGGAUGAUAAUCAUGCUUUUUUGAAUCCUAUUCAAUAUAAAGCUGUGGCGUCUAUAACAAAGGAAGUAAGCUCAGCAGAACGCGAACCCAAAGUUGCCCUUUUACAGGGACCCCCAGGUACUGGAAAAACGCGCGUCAUUGUGGAAAUGAUUAAACGCGUGAGGUGUAUGCAUUACGAAACAACCGGCUGCUACCCAUGCAUUCUAGUAUGUGCACCUUCUAACAACGCAAUUGAUGAGAUAGCAAAUCACCUUAUGAACGAAAUUGAUUCGAAAUACGACAUUGUACGCAUUGGUGUGCCAGCGACCAUGAAUCCUGACGUUGUUAGAAUUUCUCUUGAUAAAUUAUCGGGGAAAAAACUACGAGAUGAUGCUGCUAAAACAACUUCCUCGGAAAGUAGACAUCUUCUAACUUUGAAAGCCGAAUCAAAUACUCUCCAGAGAAAAAAAAAAAAAUUAGUAGCUGCAAUUCUUAAUGCUAACAAGAAUGGAUCUUCAGAUGAAGCUCAGAUGAUUGAAAAAAAAUUGGCAAAGCUACAAGUUGAUAUUGACAAAGUGGAAAGGUCUUAUCAAGAUCGCUUUCUGACCCACCUCGAGUUACUGAACACUCAAAACAAUCUUCGUGCGAUGCGACAAAAAGUGCUGUCUCAAGCAAACAUUAUUUGCUCGACGCUCAAUUCCUCUCGCAGUAAAGAAAUGGAGCAGCUUUUUCUUGAGCCAGCGUCUAGCAAACGAUUUCUCUGUUGCAUAAUCGACGAAUCGUCCCAGUGUACCGAGCCAGAAUCUCUCAUGCCGCUCGCCUUCGGAAUGAGCAAGCUUGUGUGUUGGAACAAGGAUGUCAACUUUAGUAUUCAAGGUAAAUAA